CAACGGCAGCAGGAGGAUCGGCCGCCCCAUAAACCCCCCCGCGCACCUCCCCCGCCGCUUCCUCUGCUAGGUUGCUCCUCCGGCCUGACUUCCCCUUUCUCCCACCUUUCCCGGCACCGCGGGAAAAGCAGCACAGGGCAGAGAAGGCAGGGAGGGCGGCCGGAGCCGGGACACGGGAACCUCCUAGUCCAGUUCAAGACCCGACAUGAGGGAAAAGGGCCGUAGGAAGAAGGGCAGGACCUGGGCGGAGGCCGCCAAGACGGUCUUAGAAAAAUACCCCAAUACACCUAUGAGUCAUAAAGAAAUUCUUCAAGUUAUCCAGAGAGAAGGACUAAAAGAAAUCAGAAGUGGGACUUCCCCUCUUGCCUGCCUGAAUGCAAUGCUCCACACAAACUCCCGAGGUGAAGAGGGUAUCUUCUAUAAAGUUCCAGGUAGAAUGGGAGUAUAUACUUUAAAGAAAGAUGUGCCGGAUGGGGUGAAAGAGCUAUCAGAAGGUUCAGAAGAAAGCAGUGAUGGUCAGUCAGAUUCCCAGAGUUCUGAGAACAGCAGCAGCAGCAGUGACGGUGGCAGCAACAAAGAGGGGAAAAAGAGCAGGUGGAAAAGGAAAGUAUCGUCUAGACUGUCACAGCCAUCCUCCCCACAUUCAGGCUGCCCAUCGCCCACCAUUCCAGCAGGUAAAGUCAUUUCUCCAUCACAGAAGCACAGCAAGAAGGCACUAAAGCAGGCUUUAAAGCAACAACAGCAAAAGAAGCAGCAGCAGCAAUGCAGACCAAGCAUGUCCAUCUCCUCCAACCAACACCUUCCUCUCAAGUCUGUCAAAUCCAGUGAUUCUGCUACUGCCAAACCUGCAAUAUGGGAAGGAAAGCAAUCUGAUGGACAGUCAAGCAGCCCCCAGAAUCCAAACUCCAGCUUUUCUUCCUCAGUUAAAGUGGAAAGUCCCUUACUAGGCUUAGGGAAGAAGUCUUUCCAGAGGUCUGACAGACUCCAUACAAGGCAAAUGAAAAGAACUAAAUGUGCUGAUAUUGAUGUUGAGACACCAGACUCCAUUCUAGUUAACACAAAUCUUCGAGCACUGAUCAACAAACACACUUUUUCAGUCCUUCCUGGAGAUUGCCAACAGCGACUGCUUUUACUACUUCCAGAGGUGGAUCGACAGGUUGGUCCAGAUGGUUUGAUGAAGUUGAAUGGCUCAGCCCUUAAUAAUGAGUUCUUCACUUCAGCAGCCCAAGGCUGGAAGGAAAGACUAUCAGAAGGUGAGUUUACACCUGAGAUGCAGGUGAGAAUUCGACAAGAGAUUGAGAAGGAGAAAAAAGUGGAACCAUGGAAGGAACAAUUCUUUGAAAGCUACUAUGGUCAGAGUUCUGGGUUGAGCCUUGAAGAUUCAAAGAAAUUGACAGCUUCCCCCAGUGAUCCCAAAGUAAAGAAAACCACAGCUGAGCAACCAAAAUCUAUGCUUCCUUCAGAGGCCUCUCCUGUCAAAAUACUCCCAGGCAUUUCCCAGUCAGAGUGUAAAGAAGAAGCAGUACAAAUGCCUUCACCAGUCAAAAAAGAAGAACACGAAAGCCAAGAUGAGGCACAGCCAAAUGUCAAAUUCACAGAGCCCCUUCUUGCCUCAGCUACCAGUGCAAAUGAGCUUACUGGCAUUUUUCCCAUCAAGUGCCCAAAGGAUGAGGAUCCCUUGGAGCAGAAACCAACUGCCUCUGCUGCACAGGAAUCUGAGAAAGAGAAUUAUCAUACCACAGUUUUUAAUUAUAAUAAAAGUGAAAGCCAAGAAGCUGUAGUUACAUCCCUAACCAAACCCAAGAGUCCUGGGCUGGAAAAACCAAUAAUGAAGUCCACAGCAGAAGCAGGACCCCAGGAGACCAGCAGCAAAGAACCUCCCACAACUCUUGUUGAUCAGAGCCCAGAAAGCCUAAAGAGAAAAUCUUCUCUGACUCAAGAAGAGGUCCCUGGAAGCUGGGAGAAAAGGCCACGUGUCACUGAGAAUCGCCAACAGCCAUUUCAGGUCUCGCCACAGCCCUUUCUCAAUAGAGGAGACAGGGGCCAGGUGCGCAAAGUACCACCUCUCAAGAUCCCAGUCUCCAGAAUCUCCCCCAUGCCGUUUCCUACAUCGCAGGUCUCUCCCAGGGCUCGUUUUCCAAUCUCCAUCACUAGUCCUAACAGAACAGGAGCCAGAACUCUUGCAGACAUCAAAGCAAAAGCCCAGCUGGUCAAAGCACAGAGGGCAGCAGCUGCAGCUGCCGCAGCCGCCGCUGCAGCCGCCUCAGUUGGAGGGACCAUUCCAGGACCUGGCCCUGGGGGUGGACAAGGUCCAGGAGAGGGUAGUGAAAGAAAAACUGCUAGAGGAGGGAGUCCAGGCUCAGAUGGAGUCAGUGCAACUGGAAAGGGCCCCACACUGGAACUGGCAGGAACUGGAAGCAGGGGAGGUACGCGAGAGCUUUUACCCUGUGGUCCAGAGACUCAGCCCCAAUCUGAGACCAAGACCCCAGGCCAGGCACAGCCUCAUAGUGUCUCUGGAGCACAACUACAGCAAACCCCCGCAGUGCCUCCAGCAUCUGCCAUCAGUGGAGCAUGCACGAGUGUCCCAUCACCAGCUCACAUAGAGAAAUUGAACAGUGAAAAACUGAACCCUGCCAGGGCAUCAGUCACAGUGGCUUCCCCUAGCCACCCACAAGGGCCUAGUAGUUACAGACAGGAGAGAGCCUCUUCUUCUCCAGCAGGCUCUGCUCUGAUCUCAGGAGCUUUGCCCAUUUCUAUUGUAGCUGAUGGCACAGUUGAAUCCAAAGCAGAUUCUAAUAUGAACACACCAAAUCCUUCAGUCUCAGCCAAGACAACUGCCAGUGCAGUAGUGGAUACAUCCCCUACCCCUUUAACAUCAUUAUUGACAACAGCCACUUUAGAAAAGCUUCCUGUACCCCAGGUCAGUGCACCUGUAGCAUCUGUUGGGUCAGCUUUGUCCUCGAACAUUUUGUCAGCAGCUUCUAGCCUUAAAACCCCAGGAACUUCUGCAAGUGUGAAUGGGCCCAUUUCAAGACCAAGCUCUAGUAUCCCAGCUAAUAAUCCUUUAGUUACUCAGCUGCUCCAAGGCAAAGAUGUUCCCAUGGAGCAAAUUCUGCCUAAACCUCUCACCAAAGUUGAAAUGAAAACUGUACCACUGACAACUAAAGAGGAUAAAGGGAUGGGAGCACUCACAGGCACCAACAUAACAGAAAAUAGCACCAGAGAAGAAGUUAAUGACAGACAGUCCCAUCCAGCUAUCCAGCAGCUGGGGAAAACCGUGCAGAGUAAGCAGCUUCCCCAGGUUCCAAGGCCCCUGCAACUCUUUUCAACUAAGGAUUUAAGGGACUCUAGCAUCGAUACACACCAGUACCAAGAAGGACUAAGUAAAACAACUCAAGAUCAGAUCCUUCAAACUCUUAUCCAGAGGGUUCGGAGGCAGAACAUUCUCUCAUUUGUGCCGCCUUCACAGUUUAACUUCGCUCACUCAGGUUUCCAGUUAGAAGACAUCUCCACAAGCCAGAGGUUCAUGCUGGGAUUUGCUGGCAGAAGGACAUCCAAACCUGCAAUGGCAGGUCACUACUUACUUAAUAUUUCCACCUAUGGCAGGGGUUCAGAGAGCUUUAGGAGGACCCAUUCUAUACAUCCUGAAGACCGCUUUUGUCUUAGUAGCCCCACUGAAGCCUUGAGAAUGGGGUAUACAGAUUGUAAAAAUACAACAGGAGAUAGUAGCAGCAGCAAAGAAGAUGAAACUGAUGAGGAGAGUACUGGCGAUGAACAGGAAUCUGUCUUGGUAAAGGAGGAGCCCCAGGCUUCCCAGAGUUCUGGCAAGCAUGACACAAGUUCAGGACCCCAUAGUAGGGAAACCCCAUCCAACAAUGAUUGCUUAGCUAACAAGAUUGUGAAGGCUGAGAAACCAGUGAAUGAGCAAGCCACUGUAAGCAAGGAGAAUUACCUAUUUGCUAGAGGCCAAACAUUUGAUGAGAAGACCCUAGCCAGAGAUUUUAUUCAGGCAGCACAGAAACAAAUGGCUCAUGCAGUAAGAGGUAAGACAAUACGUAGCAGCCCUGAGCUGUUCAAUUCUACUGCUCUUUCUCUGCCUGCAGACAGUCCCACCCAUCAGCCUUUGCUCCUUUCAUCACUGCAAACUCCAAAAUUGUAUGGAAGCCCCACACAGAUAGGGACAAGUUACAGAGGCAUGAUUAAUGUCUCUACCUCAUCCGAUAUGGACCAUAACUCUGCUGUACCAGGUAGCCAGGUAUCUAGCAAUGUAGGUGAUGUCAUGUCCUUUUCAGUGACGGUCACUACCAUCCCUGCUAGCCAAGCUAUAAAUCCCAGCAGCCAUGGCCAGACAAUGCCUGUUCCAGCCUUUCCUGAAGAAAAUAGCAUUGAGGACACGCCUUCAAAAUGUUACUGCCGCUUGAAAGCCAUGAUCAUGUGCAAAGGGUGUGGAGCUUUCUGCCAUGAUGAUUGCAUCGGCCCCUCUAAACUGUGUGUCUCCUGCCUUGUGGUUCGGUAAUGAGACUUAAAGAUAAUGCACUGUAAAGAAGGGGGAAAGAAAGGGUUAACAAGAUGUGUUUUUGCAUUAUUUGGAAUCACUGAAAUAAGGUUUCAUCUGUCUUCUUAAGAAAAAUAUUAAUCAGGAAUACAGAGUACAGGUCAUUUACAUUCUAGAGGAAGAGCACCUUGUAUAGUAAGUCUAAGUCAAGCAAGACUUUUGUGAAUUUGUGACAAGUUUGCACUUAUAAAUCAUGUAAAUAUGUCACAUUUGUUUAACAUUUUUCCAAGUGUUUAGGUAAUAAUGUAUUACUUUAAAUUCAGAUUUAUGUUCCAUUUUAUGUGACUGAGAAAAGUUGAUUGUCAUGCAUGGUAAAAGGAAGCUAUCUCUUUUGACCUUUCCUAAGAAUAGGAAAUGGAAAGAGUGGUCUAAACCCAAUGAUUAUUCACACUGAUGAUGUCUUCACAUUAUGGUUGCAGAUUAUCUAUAUAGGUUAUUUGGCCUUUGCACAAUUUGAAUUCAGGAUUUAUACAGCCCCUAUACUUUAGAAUGGAACCUUAUGAAGUAGAAGUCUCCUUUCCAUCACAGGCAGUGUUUCCAACCCUGAAAGCCCUGGCUUGGUUCUUGACUUCUGUGAACCAGUACUGUCAUGAAGUAGAGACCUGCUGUUCCCUAAUCCCACCCUCCUGGCCUGAGACAGUGAUUGUGGUCUGUGAAGGGAGUGCCUCUGUGGGCCCCACUGUAUGACUGUAGUCUCUUCAUGGCAAUCGAUCUAGCAGUUCCAGCAAUAAUACUUUGUCAUUCGUGGGAGCCCACAAACCUAUUUGAAAUACUAGCGUAAGAUGAAAGCAGGCAAGUGUUAGUGAUGGGGUGAUUUAAACUGUCUUGUUGGACAAGAGAAUGAAAUUGCAGAAACUGUUAAACUAAACAUAAAGGAAAAUUAUUUUCACACUAGAAACAAGGUAGCCUCUCUUCCUCUUCCAGCCCUUAAUCUAAUGUUAUAUAGUCAGCUGUUGUCACAGCUAGAAAAGCUCUUCAGUGGCACAUUGGCUCCUUCUGUGCAACCUGUUUUACCUCCCAAGCAUAUAAGGAGGUUGGAGUGAUUUUAUUAAAUCUUAUCUUAAACACCACAUGUGCACACACAAUACAAGACAUUUUCUUAUUUUUGUCCCCUAAUUUGGAAUUAUUGCUAUCUGUGCUCUAAGGAUGCUUAAUAUAAAGGGGCUUUGGUGAAUGGCUAAUGGUCUGGAAAGGAAGAAAAACAGCUCCAAGUUUUGUUUUUUCUUUUCUUUUUGUUGUGGUUUGAAUCCUUUUCUAGUGACCGAAAAGUUUUAAGUAUUUACAAUUUAUGUCAUGGUUAAAGAACAUUAAAAAAAAAAAUUUAGUUUACCAGAAUUUGGCAUGAAAUAGGAGAUUAUCGAUUUGUAUUAUUUGCAUAUCGAUUUCAAGUCUCCUAAUUAGAAGUGUGUAAAGUAAAAAUAUUAGUGCAACCUAGUACAGUUGUAUUUGUACUUAAUACUCAAGAUGUGAUACUUACAAAAUUCAGAAUAAUUUAAACCUAUUAAAUAAGUUACAUUCCAGAUUAGGAAAAAGGAGGCAAUUAUCUCUUUUGCCCGUUCUGCUACCUGCUCCUGCCCACUCCAUUCCCUGCAUCAAAAUCUCUUAAAAUUAACUUAGGAAGUUAUUUUCAUUCUUCUUUUCUGGUUCUUUUGUUGAAGCCCAAGACCAAUAUAGGAUUAAUAUUUGUGUUGCACUUUCAGACAAGACCAUUUGAUGUCCUUUAAUCUCUCCCUUUUCUCCUUUUCUUCUAGCACACACAUAACUAAAAGGGUCUAAGGUCUAAAAAGAAAGGGUCUAAGGGAUCCAGGGAUAAGAAAUUCUCAUGUGAAAAACUAGUAGGAAACAGAAACCAGGGUUCUGCUCCCAGACUUUGAGUAACUUUGAUUAAUCCUAGUAGAUUUAGAAAGACCUGUCGCUGGUUCCAGCCUGUUCACUUCCUCACCUUGUUAGCAGCACUGAGUGCUGGAGUUUUUUCAGAAUUGACCUUGCACUAAAUAUCAGUUACCAGUUUGAAUUGAUGAAGACAACUUUUCUGCUCUGCUCCUUUCUUGCCAGAAACUUUUUCUUUCAUGAUACCUUUAAUCUAAGAAUGGAUGGACUAUAACCAGGACAGGAAGAAGGCAACAGGGAUUUUCAGGUCCAUUUAGAGAGGAAUUCACAUCCUGCUUCUUCCCCUUGACCCAGGCUCCUGGGCAGAUAAGUUCUAAGCAUUGCUAUCCUCCAGAUUCUAAAUAAUAAUACCCAGCUAAAUGUUUGCAUUUAAGAAAGCGUCAAAAACAAAUUGCCAGCAAGAUACAUUGCCUCAGACUCAACCAGAUGAGAGUCAAGAUUCUCUUAUAUUGGUAGUAAAUUAAAUAUGAAUCAGUUUAUUGUUUCAAACAGUGGUUUCAAGGAGAAAGCCAUUUGUUUUAUAAGCUGAACAGAAAAAAUGCAUUACAGUCUGGCCCUUUCAAUAUUAGAGUUUGGUACUCCAGUACCUUUAAAUCAGUGUUUAUCUUAGCUUUUGAUUGGUUUUACCUUUAGAUUAUUUCUGAAAUGUUUUAAUAAGUGCUAAGCUCUUCUUAGGAUAUCAGGUGGCACAGCUCCCACGACUAGUAAGACAAGCCUGAGCACUUGCCUCCCUUAUGCCCUCUAGCCUUUAGGUAGCCUCCACUGCAGGUCCUCUCAGUCUGAUUUUUAAAUGUUCUAAGUUGUCUAGUAGAAUGUUCCCUGAAUCUUAAGAGAUUUUUGAUUAAUAAAAAUUCUUUAUCCUACUAAAUGGAAAAUAAAGCCAAAUAACCUGGA